GGCCGCAGGGAUGGAGCCGUGGAAGCAGUGCGGACAGUGGCUGAUCAGCUGCAAGGUGCUGCCGCCCAACCACCGGGUCACCUGGGAUACGGCCCAGGUCUUCGACCUGGCGCAGGCGCUGCGCGACGGCGUCCUGCUCUGCCAGCUCCUCAAUAACCUGCGCAGCCACUCCAUCAACCUCAAGGAGAUCAACCUGCGCCCGCAGAUGUCCCAGUUUCUUUGCUUGAAGAAUAUAAGGACUUUUCUUUCGGCAUGUUGUGAAAUAUUUGGGAUGAAGAAAAGUGAACUUUUUGAAGCAUUUGAUUUGUUCGAUGUGAGAGAUUUUGGGAAGGUGAUAGAAACACUUUCAAAACUUUCUCGCACUCCUAUUGCAUUAGGCACAGGAAUAAGGCCAUUCCCUACAGAAGAAAGCGUUGAUGAUGAAGAUAUCUACAAAUGUCUUCCUGAUUUAAUAGAUGAAACUGGUGUUGAUGAAGAUGAGGAGUUGUAUGAUUGUGUCUAUGGAGAAGAUGAAGGUGGGGAGGUUUAUGAAGACCUAAUGAAAGAUGAAGCAGCACAGCAACCUAAAUAUACUGAAAAUGAUAUAAGAAGCUGUUGUCUUGCUGAAAUAAAGCAAACUGAAGAGAAAUACACUGAAACUCUGGAAUCUAUAGAGAAAUUUUUCAUGGUGCCACUGAAAAGGUUUCUGUCUGCAUCAGAGUUUGAUACUGUUUUCAUCAAUAUUCCUGAUUUGGUGAAAAUCCACAGGAACCUAACACAGGACAUCAAUGAUUCCAUUGUAAACAAAAAUGAUCAGAACCUAUAUCAAAUUUUUAUUAACUACAAAGAAAGAUUGGUUAUUUAUGGACAGUACUGCAGUCAAGUGGAGAUAGCAAUAUCAUGCUUAGACAACAUCUCUAAGACCAAAGAAGAUGUUAAAUUGAAGUUAGAGGAAUGUUCAAAGAGGGCCAAUAACGGGAAAUUUACAUUACGGGAUCUUUUAGUGGUUCCAAUGCAGAGAGUGCUAAAAUACCACCUACUGCUCCAGGAGCUUGUAAAGCACACUACUGAUCCCAUGGAGAAGGCAAAUCUAAAACUGGCACUUGAUGCAAUGAAAGACUUGGCUCAAUAUGUAAAUGAAGUGAAGAGAGAUAAUGAAACGCUUCGUGAAAUUAGACAGUUUCAACUAUCAAUAGAGAAUCUGAAUCAUUCCCUCUUACAGUAUGGAAGACCUCAAGGUGAUGGGGAAAUAAGGAUAACUACAUUAGACAAACGUGCGAGGCAAGACAGGCACAUCUUCUUGUUUGAUCUAGCUGUAAUUGUUUGCAAACGGAGAGGUGAUAAUUAUGAAAUGAAGGAAAUAAUAGAUCUUCAGAAAUACAAAAUUACAAAUAACCCCACUACUGAUAAAGAAAAUAAGAAGUGGUCUUACGGAUUCUACCUCAUUCAUAUCCAAGGUGAAAACGGUUUAGAAGUUUAUUGCAAAACGAAAGACUUGAAGAAAAAAUGGCUUGAACAGUUUCAGAUGGCUCUGUCAAAUAUACGGCCAGACUAUGCAGAUACAAGCUUUCAUGAGUUCAAAAUGCAUACCUUCAGCCGUGUGACGUCUUGCAAAGUCUGUCAGAUGCUUCUGAGGGGAACAUUUUAUCAAGGCUAUUUAUGUUCUAAGUGUGGAGCUGGAGCACACAAAGAAUGUUUAGGAAGAUUAGACAAUUGUGGCAGAGCUAAUUCAGGUGAACACGGGAACCUGAAACACGAGAAACGAGCAAAUGGAAUUAGAAGAAAUUCUAGGCACGUGGACCCAGGUUUACCAAAAAUGCAAGUAAUUCGAAACUACAAUGGAAUACCACAGCCAGCGACGCAAGAUGGUCCACCAUUGCAUAUUCAGAUUGGUGACACUAUUGAACUAAUAAGAGGAGAUGCACAUAGCUUAUUUUGGCAGGGCAGAAAUCUAACAACAGGAGAGCUUGGAUUCUUCCCAAGUGAUGCAGUAAAGCCUAGCCCAUGUGUUCCUAAACCAGUAGACUACUCUUCACAACUGUGGUUCGCAGGAGCAAUGGAAAGAUUGCAAGCAGAAAGUGAACUUAUUAACAGAGUAAAUAGCACUUACCUGGUACGGCACAGGACCAAGGAGUCAGGAGAAUAUGCAAUUAGUAUUAAGUACAAUAAUGAAGUGAAGCACAUCAAGAUUUUAACAAGAGAUGGCUUUUUCCACAUUGCAGAAAACAGAAAAUUUAAAAAUUUAAUGGAACUUGUAGAAUAUUAUAAGCACCACUCUCUCAAAGAAGGCUUUCGAAGUUUGGAUACUACUCUCCAAUUUCCCUACAAAGAACCUGAAAAUUCAGUAGGACAGAGGAGUAACAGAACAGGUGGCAACUCCCCUUCUUUGUUCUGUGGGUUUUCUUUUGUAACUCCUCCAGACUACAGCUUUGUUCCCCCUUCUUCCACUCCUUUCUGGUCAGUGCUAAGCCCAAAGGUGAUAGGCAUUGCCAUUGCCAGGUAUGACUUCUGUGCAAGAGACAUGAGAGAACUAUCCUUGCUAAAAGGGGAUGUUGUAAAAAUUUAUACCAAGAUGAGUGCGAAUGGCUGGUGGAGAGGUGAAGUAAAUGGAAGGGUGGGCUGGUUUCCAUCAACUUAUGUAGAAGAGGAUGAAUGAAUUAAAAAGUUUCCUCUGCUGACCAGCAGUUUCAGGGACUGUAAAAAUUUAAUGUUAAAAGUGUUAUUUGUCAAGUAUUUAAAGAGCAGCAUUUUUUGUCUGUCUGAACCUUACAGUCUUAAUGUUAGGAUUUGUACAGAAGUCUGUGCUGACAGAUUAUUACCUAGCCCAGAGCUGUGCAACAAACAACCUGCUGGUUUGCCGUCACUGGGGAUCAGUACAAAGUCCAACCCUUACCUUCCUGCAAGAUCUCUGGAAAACAAAUUUUUUAUGCUCCUUUUCAUUUCACCCUGUACUACACCAUGAAAUACUAGCUGUGGCUGAAUAUUUAAUAAGUCUUUUUUCUUCUAGCUAACAUCUGUGAUUGUAUGAGAAGAUGAAGGCUUAUUAUUCCUUAUCACUGCAUGCAGAAACCAGAGUUCAGUCAUUCCAUGUGGGUAUAGUCAGUAGACUUGUCUUGAAACAUCAAACUACUUAUCAUCUUACAAACAGUUUUACACUCACAAAAACGUUCUGAAGGAAAUACGUAGUAAACAUGAAUAGUAUUAAUGCAUAUAUAAUUAGUUGACUGACUACUUUGAGGUCCUGCCUAAAUCUUCUACUAAAUUGUUUAAAGACGACAUCUUAAAAAUAUGUGGUGAUGAUGUAGUAUUGCUUAAAAAAGCAUCCACAAAGUGGAACUAUAGGAUCCUUUCUUUGUUAUCCCAAGUCCUUUUGUGUGAGUGUUUUUUUCAUUUAAGCAGCUGACCCUAGAAGUACAACUGAGGACUUUAAAACUCAUGACAAGAUCAGUUUUAAAAUUUUCAAUGCUAAUA